GGAUUAAUACUCGUUGCAUUUGGAAAUGGUGGAAUCAAACCGUGUGUAUCAUCCUUUGCUGGUGAUCAAUUUUUGUUAUUCUUAUUCGGAAAAUCUUGGUAUACAAUGGGUCCUCCAUCUGAAAACAUUUUAGUUCGAGUGGUCAAAUGUAUUGUG